AUGAGGUCGAUCUGCGGCCCAAGACAUGAACUCCGGGUGGCGGAACAGGGGACCCUUCUUCUUGGAGGUCGAUCUUGGCUUCGAGAAAAGCAGAACCCUAGUCACUCCAAGACAGCUGAAAGAGGCUUGAUCAACAAAGAAACUCUGGAACAAGAUAACAAAGAUUACAAGCAGAAAUGCUCAGAGGUCAUAACAGUUUCCAUGUAUGAGGAGGAGACGGCGGCGGGUCUGGCUGAGGAGGAGGGACACGCGGCCCUCCUGGAGGUGUUGGCGGAGGGUCUGGAUCUUGUGAUUCGAGAGACAUCGGGCAGUGAGCCACACAAAGAGUGUGAAGGUGAAGGCUAUAACUCCAGAGACAUCAGGACAAGAAAUAGAGAAACAGAGGACACACUGGGUCCUGGUCCUCUAGAGACACUAGUCGAAGUGUAUCUCCAGAUAGUCGGUGCGACACCGAUCCUCUUAAUGAGGCUCACGUUUCGCCCUUGGACGACAUGGCACAUCAUCAACCUUGGCCAGUCGACGGCAUCUAGACCCGCACCCGCGCCCAAGGAUCAGGCCUUCAAACCCGGUGGCUUUCUCGCUGUUUCUCAAAGGAUCACCAUCGUCGUGUCCAACAUCGUGCCUCACAGCAACGCAUCGUCCGCGCCGAGCCCAUCAGGUGGCCAUACCAGUGAGGGGGGAUUGAAUAUGCACGACGAACAUGUUGCCCAGAUGAGCAGAGUCCACGCAUCUGGGUAGGGUCCAGCCAGUCCAGGGCCCGGAGACCGAGUAAGGCAAGUAGAUAUUUGAAUAUGCGCUAAUAAGUACCGGUAUGACCAUGGCACAGCCACCGAUAUUCUCAUCGGCGAUUUGAGCCUCAAUCAGAAUCCACAGCAUUAGCCAUUAUUCAUAUUUCUGGAGAAUGCUCUUCAUAGCAGGGUUGAGGCAGUAGGCGGUCGCGGGGAAGAUCCUAUGUAUGAGGAGAUAACGAGGAGACCCAAGGAAAAGUACCAAGAAGGCGUGCCGGGGCAUUAAUGAUGUGCGUAAAGUUGCUAUUA